AUGUCUGAGGGUUCCAAAAAUGCCCUUCCACCAGUGCAAGAAUCUACUGGGAACUCAAAGGAUGCAGUACCAUCCUUUGAGAUUGUCAUUCCUCCUGCUAUGCAUCCUGAGGAUUACCCAUAUUUGCCAGGUCACUUUGAGGCCCGUUGCAUUCUGGCAGUCGACAUACAUGAGCCAAAGUUCAUCGUGAGACUCAUGAGUGGUGAGCGUACAACAAUCACUGUAAAGCGACUGAUGCAUUUGAAGAACGGCCCGAGGGCACUUCGCGAGUUUAUUGAUGACUCACAGAGCCCUGAUCCUUUGGCAAUGGACUUUGACCUCGAUUCGCAUCUUGGUUACGCUGGUGGAGAUGGCCCUUCCGAUUACGAUAAAGACAUGGAUUGGGGAUUUGACGUUAUUGGCAUUGCUCGGGAUCGCCAGCGACGUAGGGGAAUCUUGGAAACUUCAUACGUCCAUUUCUUUUCCUCUGAUCCGGACGACGAAGGAUUGGAAGAAAGCAACGGCGAAGAGACAGACGCUCAGGGAAUAGAGGAAUGGAGCGAUGAAGAUGUACGUCCGAAUACACGCCGCCAUCUGAAGAGAGGCGUGCAAAAAAGAAAAAGACAGACUCGCAAAUCAUCCGAUGAGUCUCUCAUCUCUGAUACAGGCAAACGAGCCUCGUCUCGCCUGAAGCAGACCCGUCGCAAGAAUCUGAAAGAACGACAGGAAGACGACGAGUAUUCUGAGGUUGAAGUCGAAUUGCCAAAACAAAAAUUCUCCGGCGCAAAGGAAAAGUUCCGUGAACUGCCCGUCGAAGACGAAUUCAGAGCCUGCCAUUCCGAGAAUUGUUAUAAAUGCAGGCUAUGGGAAGACGAGAAUCUCAAGCAAGGGCCGUUGGUGUUUUGUCAGGGAUGCACUUCAUCAUACCACCAGGGCUGUCUCGGUGAACGAAGCUCCCGUAAGCAUUUGGUCACCAAAGUUGACGAGGGAGACUUCAUCCUCCAAUGCACCAAUUGCUUGGGCACCAGGCAUCAGAUCCACGACAAGUUGCCCCAUUUGGGUUGUUGUGCAACUUGCAACGAAGCAGGGGCCAUGUCCCAGCCUUUGCGAGAGUUCCAUACGUCCCAAGAAGAGCAACAGUUACGCGAGCAAAACGGUGGCAUAGACCCAGUGACAGAUGUUGACAUGUCUGGUGUGAACAAUGUCGAUAAUGUCCUCAUCAGAUGUACUGGAUGCAAGCGAGCUUUCCAUGUCAAACAUCUGAUUCCAAACGCCGAAGAGGAUCGUUCCGAAAUUAACCCCGAGUCCUGGCAAUGCCAUGAGUGCUCUGGUGCUCCUGCAGUGGAACAACCGAUCCAGGUAAUAGUUGCCUGGAGACCGAAAAAUGCUGCGGUCAAGGUUGUCCCCCGAUUGAUCGAAAGGCUUCCGGAGAUUGAAAAAGAGUACCUUGUCAAGUGGACUCAGCAGUCCUACUUCCAUGCCACUUGGAUGCCCGGAGACUGGGUCUGGUGCAUCGCUCAUUCCUCGAUGUUCAAGGCAUUUUUCAAGUCUGAUAAAUCCAACCAACCUAUAAUGACAACCGAGCAGGCCGUGCCUGAAGAAAACUUGCGGGUCGACAUCAUAUUCGAUGUUGAAUACAUUCGCAAGCCGAAGUCUUCUGUGGAGAGAGCGAAUCCUGAGCUGGUUAAACGUGCCUAUGUCAAGUUCCAAGGCCUUCCCUAUGAAGACACGGUGUGGGAAGAUCCCCCGGAUCAAAGCAAUGGAGAUCGAUGGGAGGACUUUAAAAAUGCACUUGUCGACAAGGUGCGCAGUGAAGGCAUCCACCCUCCAGAGCCGAAAGAUCUCAAAAGGCGACUCAAUGAUGCACGCAACCAAUCGUUCGAGAAAAACCUCGCUCUCAGCUCCCAACCCGCGUUGGUGACUGGUGGAGAACUCAUGGCAUACCAGAUGGAUGGCGUGAAUUGGAUUUAUUACAUGUUCUUCCAAAAGCAGAACGCAAUUCUUGCUGAUGACAUGGGUCUCGGGAAAACGGUUCAAAUUAUCACCUUUCUCGCGGCUUUGAUCGAAAAUUUCUCGUGUUUCCCAUUCCUGGUGGUCGUGCCUAAUUCGACUGUUCCAAAUUGGCGCCGGGAAAUCAAGCACUGGGCGCCGGAGAUUCGUGCUGUAACCUAUUAUGGCAGUGCCUGGGCUCGCAAGAUGGCCGAAGAACAAGAGAUGUUCCGCAAUGGCCGUCUCUGCUGCCAUGUAGUGAUUGUCUCAUAUGAGAGCAUGGCCGACGAUGAGGCCAAGAGGGUACUUUCCAAUAUUCCGUGGGCGGCGUUGGUGGUCGAUGAAGGACAGCGCCUCAAGAAUGAUCAGACUGUGCUCUAUGACCGUCUUCGUCACAUGAAGUUCGGCUUCAAGGUGCUCCUCACUGGUACCCCUCUUCAAAAUAACAUUCGAGAGUUGUUCAACUUGAUUCAAUUCCUCGAUCCCUCGAAGGAUGCCGAGAAGUUGGAGGAAAAGUACAAAGAAUCCCUCACUUCGAGUGACAUUCGAGAACUUCACGACAUGAUUCGGCCAUGUUUCUUGCGCCGCACCAAAAUGGAGGUCUUGCCAUUCCUUCCCCCAAUGGUACAGAUCAUCAUUCCGGUUUCAAUGUCAGUUGUGCAAAAGAAGCUGUACAAAUCGAUCCUUGAAAAGAAUCCAAAGCUCAUCGGCGCCAUCAUGAAAAAGAAGGCUGGGCAACUGAAGAAACAGGACCGAGCCAAUCUGAACAACAUCCUGAUGCAGCUGCGAAAGUGUCUCUGCCAUCCUUUUAUCUACAAUCGAGACAUUGAAGAGCAGACGACUGAUCAACAGCUUGCUCAACAGCGGCUGAUAGAAGCCUCCGGCAAGCUUCAAUUGCUAAACUUGAUGUUGCCUCGACUUCGGGAAAGGGGUCAUCGGGUUCUGAUCUUCAGCCAGUUCCUGGAGAACCUUGACAUUGUUGAGGACUUCCUUAUCGGACUUGAAAUUCGGUAUUGUCGUUUGGACGGAAAGCUGUCCUCGAGAGAAAAGCAAAAGCAAAUUGACCAGUUCAACGCGCCGGAUUCCCCGUUCUUUGCAUUCUUGCUAUCGACGCGGUCAGGUGGUGUUGGAAUCAAUCUCGCCACUGCAGACACCGUCAUCAUUAUGGACCCAGACUUCAAUCCGAAACAGGAUAUGCAAGCUUUAUCGCGUGCCCACCGGAUUGGACAGAAAAACACCGUUCUUGUGUUUCAUCUGGUUGUACGUGCGUCAGUGGAGGAAAAGAUCAUGCAAAAAGGAAAGACCAAGAUGGCUCUUGAUCACGUACUCAUCGAUCGGAUGGAAGCAAAUCAAGACCAAGAAGACCUGGAGUCGAUCCUCAAGCACGGUGCCCAGGCCCUCUUCGACGAGGAUGACUCGGCGGAUAUCAAAUACGAUACCCAGUCCAUUGACAAUCUCCUAGACCGAAGCCAGGCAGAACAAGCUGAGAAAGCAGCCCAAGAAGAUGGUUCAAACGCGAAGGAACAAAACCAAUUCAAUUUUGCCCGGGUGUGGCAGAUGGACCGUGCCAGUUUUGAAGAAGUAACUGUGACGGAAGACUCAGGAGAAGAUAACUCGGCGUGGGAGCAAAUCCUGCAGGAUCGUGAGCGUGAGGCACAAGAGGAGAUCAAUCGCCAAGCUGAAGGCCUUGGACGGGCCAACAAUAUGCGCAAUGUUGCGGCCGACAUAGACUACCAGCAACCUAACGAUGAUGGUGAUGAGACUGAAUCCGACAUUGACGCCCUUGUCGUGAAUAUGCCCGAAGGACAACCUGUGGUUGAUAAUGAGGCUACCCAACUCGUUGCCCGCGCAUUCCACCGUGUUCAGUCGCCUCCUCCUCUCUCACAUAUGGGUACCGAUGGCGCUACCGACCCCUACCCUUCCUGUGCGGCAUGCCGCCAAUGCCACCUUCCGGGACGCUGCCCUCUCAAACUUGCGGGCCUCGAAUUUUGCGGCUUGUGCGGCCUCGCCCAUUACGGAGCUCGGCGUGUGUGCCCGCAUCUGCAGUCAACAGUGCAGGUCCAGCGGAUGCUGGAGGCGCUGGACAAGAGCGUAGAGGAACGGAGCAUGAUCUCUGAAGCCAAGAGAUACCUCAACGGCAUUCUCAGUUCGAUGGCCCAAAAUGAGCGCAGGAAGACCAUAUCUGCCCAAGUGAUGUCUCACCAAUCAGUGACUUCACCCUUAGCGGGUGAAUCUCAAGUGAUCGAUCUGACCUUAUAA